UUUGCUUGGGCGCCAUUUUCAAACAUCUUUACCGCCUAACCUCAAUGCUCUCCUCCAGCAGAUUUAUUAGUUUGUACGAGUGGAAGACUAACAUAGCCAGUGACAGAAAACAAAACCAGACCAUAAGCUAAGCAGCCAAAGUGACUCCAACAGUGCCUGCCGUUUUUACUAUGUUAGAUUGGCAGGUGAUGUUGCAAAGGGGCUGACUUUACAACAAUCACAAGUUUAAGUUUGCAUUGCCUUGGAAGCUAGCUAGGCAGCAUAACAUAUCAGCCCGAGGAAUUUCAAGUAAGUGCUAUCCUUUGCCACAUUCGUUUGGAUGAAGAACCAACUGUGUGGAAGCGUGACGAAAAGACAGUUUAUACAGCAUUCCUUUCUGAGACACCACUGUAUCGUGAGUAACCAGUUUCGUGACUAACACAUUGAAUGCAGACAGUAACGCUAGCUAGCUAUCUAUGUAUGCUAGCUAACAAAGUGACGUUAGACUGCCAUGUAAACACAAGCUUAUCUGUUAGCUUGUUUGGCAGCCUAUGCUAGACAUUCUUAGAGGUUGCUAACGUCCCCUUGGGCUAAUAUAUCUGCGCCAAAGUUCGCUAAUCAGAUCGAUUACGUUUAAAUUGUCACUUGAGUUACGAUUAGCAAGUUAGCCGGUGUUAACUAACUUAGUUAAUGCCGUUUUACUCGAAUGUGGCGCUGUUGUUAGGGCUAGCUAGAGAUGGGUCUGGGCUGUCAUUAAUUGUUUAGGGGAGGCAAAGUACGAUUGAGUAAGUGAUGGCGACAGGGUGACGUACAUAUUGUAAAAUGACAAGAGACAAGAUUUCACGAGAUUAGGUUUUGGCCUAAUAACGUUUGCUGCUACAGCAAUUAAAGAAGUGCUGCAUUGAUUGAGUUGACUGUCCAGUAGCCAUGAGUACCACUGCCGAGAGGAAAUUUGUCAAUCUAAGGAAACGGCUAGAUCAGCUUGGAUACAGGCAGCCACUGGGAAUCGAUACCUUGCCUCUGGUUGAGAAACUUUUCAGUGACCUGGUGCACACCACAGAGAGUUUGCGGAAUGCCAAGCUCUCUGCUGGCAAGACUGAAAAGGAGAGUCGAAAUCUGGACUCUCUUCUGGAGCCCUACAAAACCGAAAAUGCACGCCUCGUGCGGGAGAACAAUGAGCUUCACCUGGGGCUUCUGAAGCUCAAAGAGGACAAGGACAGGCUCAGUAAAGAGCUGAAGGCCUACAUAAGAAAGCUCGACCAUGAGACGUCAGACCUGAAAUUCCUCAACAACCAGUACGUGCACAAGGUGCGCUCUCUGGAGAAGGAGACCAUGGUCAAGACCGAACGCAUUCAGCAGCUGCAGGAAAAGAACAUGCAGGCCGUGGUGCAAACACCAGGAGGAAAGAAGCGAAACAUCCCUUUCAGACGGCAGCGGAUGCAGAUCGACGAGCUCCUGCCGCCCUCCUCGGGCCCCGCCGUAGCAGUGGUGCCGCAGCCUGAUGACCCGUACAUCGCUGACCUACUGCAGGUUGCUGAUGACCGUAUCCAGGAACUGCAGCAGGAUGUCACCAAGCUCCAGGUAGACCUGGAGAGAAUGCAAGCGGGAAUUAAGCACCUCAAUACUCAGGUGGAGGAGCGGGACAAAGAGAUUGAGCGUCUGAAUCGUGCCCUGGAUGGAGGCCGUCCUUACGAUGUCAUUUCCCUGGAGUCCCAGAACAUCAGCAACGAGAAGCUCAUCGCUCACCUCAACCUGCAGAUAGAGUACCUGCAGGAGUCCAACCGCACCCUGGAGCAGAGAGUGCAGGGUCUCCAGCAGAGGAAGGUGAACGCCAGCACCGAGGCAGCUAACCUGAGCGUGCGCAACCAGGAGCUGUGCCAGGAGCUGACCGAAAUAGACCAGCUGGCCCAGCAGCUGGAGAAGGACAAGGAGCUGGUGCUGGAGACGGCCGACAUGGAGCUGCAGGACGCCAAGGAUGAGAUCCAGAGGCAGCAGGGCGUGAUCGAAGACCUGGAGAAAGUCGUCUCCAAGCUGAAGAGGGACUUACAGGAGGGUGGGCACGAUAAAGACCGGGUGAGGGACCAGCUGGCCGACACCAGGGAGCAGAACGAGAAGAUGGAAGGCUUGCUGAAUUUCCUGGAGGAGGAGAAGAGGAGGCUUCAGGACAAACUGGAGAAAAUGACCUUUACUGAGAAGGAGCUGGUGCUUGAGCUGGAGAGGAUGCGCCUGCGCUACGGCGUCUGUGGGAAGGGGAAGGACCGCUCGCCCUCCCGCCUGGACGCCUUCGUCAAAAGCCUGGAGGAGGAGAGGGACUACUACAGGCAGGAAGCCGAGAGGUACCGCCGGACCCGCGGGGGCAGAGGCGGCGGAGGGGGCGGAGGGGCCAGCCACAGCCCCUCCCUCAGCCCGGUCAGGGGAAGAAGCCCCAGAACAAGGGUAGGCUGGCAUGAACGGGGGGACAGUGGGGAUGCAGACAUCUCUCGUGUGGUGAAAGAGAGAGACGACCUGCAGGCUGUCCUUCUGGGCUUUGAGAAACACAUGGAGGACAUCCAGAUGAAGGUCAAAGCGCUGACCUCAGAGAGAGACCAGCUCAGUGCACAGUGCCAACAGCUUCAGGAGGAGCUCAGGCGUGCACGGAGAGAGGUAGGUGCCUCUCCUGAGCUGCAGCAGAGGCUGAUAGAGGAGAGGGAGCAGGCGGACGCCGAACUCCAGAGGAUGACGUCAGAGAGAGAAACUCUCAGGGAGAGACUCAAGGUUGCCCAGACGACUGCUUUGACAGACAGAGAACAGGAGGAGAGGAGGAUAUUGGACCUGGAGAGCACCAUACAAACCCUGGAGCGUGAGCGCAUGGACCUGCGUGUUCAGGCGAGUAUUCUGAAGCAGAGGGCGGAGACCGUGGAGGCAGAGCUGAGUGCCCGUACCUCCGUCAUGGUACAGAGUGCAGAGGAGACCGCUCAGCAGAGGGCUGAGAGUGGGGCGCUCAGGCUACUGCAGGAGCAGAUGGAGCAGUCUCUUUCUGACGUUCAGCACAGGCUGUCAGUGAAAACCAGUGAAGUGCAGGCUGCCCAUCAGAAGAUCGAGAGACUGGAGGAGCGUAUCAGUGAUCUCAGUCACCAGGGUUCGUCUGUGAAGGAUGACGUGAGUGUGCUGCAGACAGCGCUGGCAGCUCUGGACCGGGAGAAGGACGCGCUGCAGGACACCGUGGACCAGAAGACUGAGACCAUGGCUCUGCUGCAGGAGGACCUGCACAGCAAGGACAAGACCUUAAAGGAAGUGAGACUAACUGUUACGGAUAUGGAGAACUCAUUAGACCAGCUGAAGGGGGCGCUGAACAGCCGUGAGCGGGAGAUUGGCAGCCUGCGCAGGCAGCUGGACUCGGCUCAGGAGGAGCUGGCAGCAGUGGGCCGAGACCGAGAGGUGGCCCUGAGAGAGAACCGGAGACUACAGGACGACCUGGCCACCAUGGUCAGAGAGAACCAGGCUGUGCAUGCUGAGAUGGAGGAGGCCUACCAUGAGAAGGACGAGCUGAAGAUGAGGGUCCAGUCCUACAUCUCGGAGGUGGCCCGCAUAGAGAACCUCAUGGCUGCCAAAGAGCUGGAGAGCCGUGAGAUGCUGGAGCGGUUCCGCAUGGCCCACUCGCAGGUGGAGGCGCGGGAGUCACAGCUGCAGCAGGCCGAGGGCGUCACCAACUCCAUCCGCCUGGAGCUGCUCUCCGCUGACACGGAGCGCAGGCACCUCCGUGAGAGAGUGGGCCACCAGGAGAGGGAGAUACAAGAGCACAUGAGCGCCCUGCAGGCGUACGAGGCUCAGGUGUCGUCUGUGGCGCGGGGCAUGUCCCGCCUGGAGGAGGAGCUACAGGCGACGCGGGGGGAGAAGGCCAACGUGUUGGGCGACCUGGCCGCCGUCAGGGAGCUCUGCGUCAAGCUGGACUCCGGCAAGGAGCUCACCGCACGCCACCUCACCGGCAAGAGCAUGGAGCUGGAGAGGGUGCUGGGGGAGCUGGAGGACGUGCGCUCCGAGGCGGAACUCCUGAAGAAGCAGCUGGUCAGCGAGCGGCUGAGCGUGCGCAACCUGGAGACGCUGCUCUCCACCACCCGGCAGAAGGAGUUCCAGACGCACCUGAGCAGCAGCGAGAGGGAGAACGAGCUCAAGGUGCUCAAGGACCGGCUGGCCCUCGCCGACAGCAAGACGGUGGGACAUGCCAGGGAAGUCUCUCAGCUCCGAGGUAAAGUGUCCCAGCUGCAGACGGAGAUGGACAUUCUGAAGAGACAGCUGACCACCGAGCGAUUUGAGAGGGAGAGGGCGGUCCAGGAGAUGCGUAGGCAAGGCGUGUCCUUCUCCUCCCUGAGAAGCUCCUCCCCUUUAAGUACCUCACUGAGUCCACGCCCACUCUCCCCUGAGCGAUCCAUCCUCCGCACGCCUGAACGAGCUGCAGACAAGCCCCCAGACAAAAGUGUGAGCUUCAAAGAGUGAAAACCAGGGACCAAACCUCAGGAAAUGAAGGGGAAGUUAAAUGUAUACUUGAAUGUGAAACUGAAGCCUUCUGAAGCAGUUCUCCCUCAAAGCCAUUAUAAGUCCAUCCAAAUACGGGAGGGACAUUCUGGUGGCCAACCAAAACCCACUCCUGAGGUGAUGGAGGCCUCUCUUCUCUCAGCUCAGCUCUGUGGGAGGUGCAGUGGCUCAAUCAUGCUGUGUGCCUACUAGAGCCCAUCACUUUUGCACAUGAAUGUCAAAUUAUGUAUGAAUUAUGUAUGUUUGUUUGUUUGAAGGAAUAUCUUUCACCGCACUGUCACUAAUUGUCUACCGCGAUGUUAAUAUGUGUAUUUUUUUUACAAGAAUCUUAUAUUUGUACGAUUUUAUUCGCACUGUAAAAAUGUCUGACUUAAGUGAACUGAUCCUUGUAUUUUGGGGUCUUGCUUUUAAUGAUACUACACAUGUGGCUACUGUGCAUAAUAAUAAUACGACAAAUCUAACAAAUCUGUUGCUGUCCUUUAUGCCACGGCAGGUUAUAUCAAACUGAAGCACUGAGCUGAAUACUUAAGAAUUGCUCUCCUGUGGUAAUGUGUUUUAUUGUGAAGUGGUUCAGUGGAUUGUCUUGAUUAAUUUAUUCUCUGUGAAUAAAAGCGUGCUUUGUUUCUCGUA